AGUCUUUUUCAAGUAGAACCUCGUGCUAUUUUAAUACAAACUGCAAAACAAGAAUAAUUAUGUAUUUCAUAAAUAUAUAACCCCCUACUCAGGAACUAAAUGCACUGAACUGUUGUUGCUCAAUGGUUUACCCGUCAUCAUCGCUCCUUCCUUUAGCUUAGCUGGCAGAUGUGUCAAUCAUUACAUCGCUGUGGAGAUAGGUCUGCAAUGUGAGACUAGCCAGUCAUCAACAUGGAUUGAACGAACUCUGACUGUUAUCUUUCACAUGGCAGCGCGGUGGAAAAGUAACUUAUCUGACGGUUACAUGAGUGGAAUAAGCUCCUGUGCUCAGCUUCAUCACAACAGAAAGAGGAGAGAAGGCUAGCAGUGACCAUGGAGGCUGGAUUUCACUCUCUCUUCACCACAGCUGGCCAGCUGCCUUGGUUGCUUCUGACUCUGUUGACAUCAUGGACAGUCUUGUGUUCAGCAGAUAUAAAGCAGACAAGAUGGCCAUUAUAUUCCCAGAAGCCAGUUCUUCUUGCCUGGAAUGCCCCAACACAGGAGUGUGCCCCGCGACAUCGCGUAACUUUAUCUUUGGACCAGUUUGACAUCGUGGCAUCCCCCAAUGAGGGCUUUGUCCGGCAGAACCUCACCAUUUUCUAUAAGGAGCGCCUUGGGUUGUAUCCCUAUUAUGAGCGUGGUGGCACUGCAGUGAAUGGAGGUCUUCCACAGCUUGCCAGCCUUACUCAGCACUAUGAAAAGAUGCCUGAAGGUUUGCAAAAAUAUAUACGUGAGCCAGAGGCAAAAGGUUUGGCUGUAAUUGACUGGGAGGAGUGGCGACCAUUGUGGAUCCGAAAUUGGGAUAUUAAAGACAUAUAUCGAAAUAAAUCUCGUGAAAUGGUGGUCAAAAAGAACCCUCAGUGGACCCCAGAACAUGUGGGAAAAGUUGCACAGCAGGAAUUUGAGCUAUCAGCUCGCAAAUUUAUGCUGGAGACUCUGAAAUUUGCCAAGAAUUUGAGGCCCAAUCAACUGUGGGGCUUCUACCUGUUUCCAGAUUGUUACAACCAUGACUACAGGAGUGGUCUGAAGAACUACACAGGCCGCUGUCCUGCUGUGGAGAUGACCCGCAAUGAUCAACUGAACUGGUUAUGGAUGGAAUGUACAGCGUUCUUCCCAUCUAUAUACAUAGGUUCUGUACUAGGCUCUACAAAUGAUGGACGCCUCUUUGUCCGAAACAGGGUAAAGGAGGCGAUGCGCCUGGCAUCUGUUGGGGAUGGAUUAGCACGGCCUGUUUUUGUUUAUACCCGCCCCACUUACAUCAAUCAGAUGACCCUCCUAACUCAGACAGAUCUGGUCUCCACCAUUGGUGAGAGUGUUGCACUUGGAGCUGCAGGUGUAAUUUUCUGGGGGGACACCUCCUAUGCAAGCAGCAGUGCCAGCUGCUCCAUCCUGAAUGAGUAUCUUCAGGGACAACUGGGCCGGUACCUCCUCAAUGUGUCUACAGCAGCAGAACAGUGCAGUCAGGUGGUGUGUAAAUCACACGGCCGCUGUCUGCGCAAAAUACCAGACAAUGAUGUGUACCUGCAUCUCAGCCCUUUAACGCACAGCAUCACCAGUCAGGGUGGCCGGCUGAAGGUUACAGGCCUGCCUGGCCAAGCAGAGCUGGCUCUUUUCCGCACACACUUCCAGUGCCAAUGCUACAGUGGGUACAGGGGUGAGGCCUGUGCUCAGAAAGAAAAAGGGCAGAAUAGAGCCUCCUCUGUCUUAGGGACCUGGCCUCUUUGCCUUUUACUCCCACUAGGACUCCUCAGUCUGCUACACUGAGGAAACUGAGAAGCCCCAAACUAUUCACUGCUUCUGCCAGCCCUGAAAAGGACAGUUCAGACUUUUCAACAUAAAGGUGAUAAGUUACUGCACAUUAGUAAUGCUGAUGCAUUGACAACAGCAGACAGUCACUCCUGUCAUUUUUAUUUAUUUUUUUAUUUUUAUUAUUUAUCUCAAACAGUCAACAAUGUUGCAAAAGAAAACAAAACAAUUAAAACCACAAAAUUAAAACACAAACAAUCAGAAUUUACCAAAGACCAACAAAAUGAAUAAUAAAAAAGGAUAAGUUCGGGAAUGAGCAGGCGGAAGCAUACAGCUUAUUAGGUCCUGCCCCUACUUCACAAUAUUAUUACAAAACAAAUAGAUAUGCAAAUACAGCAUACAAUAUUUCAGGUCUUACAAUAAAUUAGAACAAUACAACAAUACCUUUUCAUUACAGUUCCAUUCCUAUGUUUCAGUCUAUUCCUUUCUGUAUUGGUCAAGUAUUGAUUUCUUUAAUCUAUUUUUGAACUGAAUGAUAUUAUGGCUCUGUUUGAUGUCAUUGUUCAGUCCAUUCCAUAAGUUCGCCCCACAAACUGAAACGCACAUGCUUUUAACAGCAGUUCGCACAAGAGGUUGUUUGAACAUACAUUGUCCUCUUAGAUGAUAUCCCCCGUCUCUUUCAUAUAACAUUGCCCGUAUGUUACACGGUCAAUUAUUUUCUUUAACUUUAAACAUAAAUUGUGCAGUUUUGAAUGUAACAAUGUCCAUAAAUUUCAGCAAAUGUGAAUUCAAAAACAGAUGAUUAGUGUGCUCGUAAUACCCGGUGUGAUUUAUUAUCCUGAUUGCUCUUUUUUGCAAUGUGAAAUAUUUUGUAAGGUGCUUUUGUAGGUAUUUCCCCAAACUUCCACACAAUAUAACAUGUAUGGUAAAAUAAGUGUGCAGUACAGAGUAUGUAGUGUCAGAGAUCUCCCAGUAUGAUGGGAGCUUUUUAUCCCAGCACACAGACCUAUCUAACAGGAAUAUUUGUGUUUGACGAGCUCCUUCACUGGCAGAGCUCCAACCUCAUGACCGCCUCGUGGAACUAACGUCCAUCCAUCAAUAUUGCAACUGGUCAUUAACUUGUAGCAAAUGAUGUCAAAAAUCCGAUCUGUUAAAGGUGUCUGUCAUGCUCCAUGCUGACCCUGACCUCCAGAUGAGGAGAUGCUGUAUACCAUCACUCCACAUUGAAUGGGACUAUAGUGUAAGUAGAGGAUAAAAUGCAUUAUGAAAAAAAGACUGCUUAACCUAAAAGUUUUUUUAUAUAUAUAUUCUGCAGUUCCAUACUGCUGUCCACUUCAAACAUUAUAGUUUGUAUCUUUUGGUCGAUUAAGCUGUUAAAUGUUAGCUUUAUGAAUGAAAUGUAAAUAGUUAAUUAUGCCAGAUAGUGAUAAAUUAUGAGAAAUGGAGUCUUAAAUCUUUUUGGCUAAUAGAAACAACAUGGCUGAACCUGCCUGUUUCAGUUCCAAAUGGUGCCUUACCUGGUCUGUGAAGUGCUCUUUUUAUGGUUGCCUUUGUUUACAAGUUGUGACUGUUGAGGUUUUUACAGCAGUGUUUAUCUCAGCCCUUUGCUGGGCACAGGGCUACUGCUUUAUACUAAAAUUAACUCAAAAUGCCGACCAGUUUUCAAGGAAAAUCUAUAUAUAUAUAUAUAUAUAUAUGCUGAUAAAUAAAUGCCAAAUAUAUGUUAAUUCUUCAAUUAUGUGUUACUCUAAGCACAUGUCUUGUUUACAAUUAUUUGAUAUGUAAGGGAUCCUUUUGAACAUGGUUGUGUUUAUGUUAAAAUAAAAAAUGGCUAAUGCUGUUAUCAGAUUUUCUUUAAAUUCAAAUAUUGAUAUCAGCCUCAGAAAUUCAGUAAUGCUCUGGCUCUAUAAAUAAUUUUAGUUUAGAUUUGUUUUUGUGUAGUUUGACUUGCUUGUACAGCAGCUUGUGUCAGGGUUCCUACCAGUGACAUGGGUUGAUAGCAACUACUGUACAUACAACUUUAUAUUCGUUUAUUGCCAAGUAAAUAUAUAUUUGCUAUACUGAAGCUAGCCAAGCAGUUUCAUAUUUAUACAAUAGGUUCUGUAUUUAUUCUCCAUGGCACUGCUCAGAAAAGUAUUUAAUCCCCCAAAAUGAGUUAUGAUACUAGUGCGCAGGUGGUGGUUUGUGCUGUUUUUAACAGACUAAAUAGAAUUCCAUUAGAGCGUUUUAUGUAUGCUGCAAACCAUUUUAAAAUACUGCACUUUAACUACUUUUUUUGUUGAGGUGGAUCUGGCUUUAUUUCAUGUUGAUACUUAAAGAGGUGAAAUCCUGUUCUCUUUUUAUCCCAGUUAAUGUGUUAACGCAUUUAAUGUUGGAUAUUUGUUUUACUGUGAAUCUUGU